AUGGCUAGCCGGACUAAUACCCUGGAUUCUCAAACAUCGGCACCCUAUACAUCGAGUUUCAACGAUAGCCAAACGAGUUUGCAUCAUCAGGACGGUCAAGAUGGCGGAUCCGACCGGCCCCCAACAUCGUCAACUCGGACACCUGGUAUCUCUCAGUCACCAGCUAUGCUUGCAGGUCUAACUACACCGACAAGCUCAACGGCAGGAUUGUCGGGUUUAGUCUGCAAUGUACAUCGCACAACUGGAAGAGAGCCACAUCCGCUCGUAGGCGCCACCACUACGAUAUUAGGCGAUAAACUAUAUGUAUUUGGUGGCCGUCGACUUUCCCGGACGAGACCGCAGCUUACUUCGGAUUUGUACGAGCUUGACCUUGUCAAGCGUCACUGGACAAAAGUCGAUACCAAAGGUGACAUUCCGCCUCCUCGGUAUUUCCACAGCGUCUGCCCACUUGGUGACACGAAGCUCGUCUGUUAUGGAGGCAUGUCACCUGUAAGUCCGUCUUCUAACCAAGCAACUUCCGUGAUACAAGGCGCCCCAGCCGAUGCUCAGCCCGAAGUGGUGGUCAUGUCCGACGUUCACAUCUACGAUGCGCCCACAAGAACCUGGAUGCAUGUCGCCACGACCGAUCCACCACAAGGUCGCUAUGCCCACUGCGCAACCAUACUCCCUAGCUCUGCCGUUUUCAGUUCAACAUCAGCCGCCGUAACAGCCAUACGGCAUAACCCGCCUUCAUCGAAUCCGAACCAAGGUUCUCUGGGUGUGCAGUUGGAUGGUGAGGGCGGCGCAGAGAUGCUAGUCGUGGGUGGUCAGGACAGCGCAAACCACUACAUUGAACAAAUCAGUGUAUUCAACCUCCGGAGCCUCAAGUGGACGGAAACAAGCACGUUAGGCAGAAGUUGCGGCGCAUAUCGAAGCGUGGUUGCGCCUCUCACCAGUAUCGACCCUAGUGAUAUUGGUGGAGGGACACGGCAGGCCGGCGAAGCAAGAGCAUCUGAAGAGCGGAUUUCGAACAAGACUGGCGAAUCAUCAAUGCUCAUAUACUCAAACUACAAUUUCUUAGAUGUCAAGCUCGAACUACAAGUACGACAUCCCGAUGGAACUCUCUCCGAGAAGCCAAUGCAUGGCAACUUCUCGCCACCAGGUCUCCGGUUUCCAAAUGGAGGUGUCAUUAACAAUCACUUCGUAGUAAGCGGUACAUUCUUGACCUCUUCAAAACAAGAGUAUGCACUUUGGGCUCUCGAUCUGCGAACACUGAGUUGGGGACGAAUCGAAGCUGGUGGCAAUAUCUUCAGCCAAGGAAGCUGGAACAGAGGGGUGCUAUGGAACCGUCGAAACAGCUUUGUUAUCCUUGGCAAUCGCAAAAGAAGCUUGGUUGAAGACUACAAUCACCGGCGCAUCAAUUUCUCAAACAUGUGCGUGGUUGAACUUGAGGCAUUUGGACUCUACGAUAACCCACGCAAAGUGACGCCUGCGUCGGGCUUCAACUCUGUAAGCGCACCGCCUCAGCACGAUCGACUUGACAUGCUUGCUGGUGGUCGCACAUUGUUGCCUGCAGCGGCCGAGCUAGGUCAGAUGGCUUUAGGUAUGCGAGAACUCGCGGACAUGGACUUCCUGGCCUUACAUGGCGAACGCAUACCCGCAAACUCCCAUAUCAUUGCUCGACGCUGGGGCCCUUAUUUCAACCAAUUGCUCCGCGAGAGUGCUCAAAGUGCUGAAAAAGAGAACGCUGAGGCGGCAACUUUGCGACCUACUGCCACAAUGCAUCCAUCAAGAAACUCAAGCAUCACCAUCACACCAUCUAUCAGAACGACCUACUCGAACGCGACAACACUUACCACCAACACCAUAACGCCAUCCGAAGCCACAGCCGUGUCAGCGAACUCUUAUUCUUCAUUGAGCCCCCCAGAACCCUCAUCACAUUCGCCGUCGCAACGGCCUCGAACAUUGUUCUUACCACAUACUCAUCUCACACUUCAAGCGCUUAUACAUUUCCUGUACACCUCAUCACUACCACCACAUAACUCACCCCUGUGCUCGCCGCAGAUUCUUUGCUCUCUUCUCCAGCUGGCGCGACCAUACCACAUCGAUGGCUUAUUGGAAGCAAUCAUUGAGCGACUUCAUAUCUUAUUAGACAACAGAAAUACUGCGGCGAUUUUCAACGCUGCGGCCAUGGCGGCUGGCGGCGGCUCUGGUAUCGCCUUCAAGGGUGUCAACGGUGUUUCGGGUACAAAUGGAACAACAAAUGGCUUUUCCAGCUCUGUUUCGAGCAACAAUACUACAGUUGCCGACGUCGAACGAAGUCUGGAUGCCGGCCUACGUGCACUUCGCGUCAACACGGAUGUAGAUCGAAACCAUGACGAUGAAGUCAGCUCGGCUGCGUCUGAAGCUACAUCAGCUUCGGCGUCUGAUAGCGGUUUGGGGGACGGAAGUGGCAUUGAAGACCGAGAAAUAUGGAACGGAGAAAUGAGUGCGGUAGUGGGACUGCAGAAGCGGGGACUGAGGGGCCUUAUGGAGGGUCGCAGGAUCAGGGAAAUGGGCAGAGGAAGAGACAGAAGCAGAGACGAUGGCGCUAUGGGCAACGGAGAUGGAGUAGGUCUUGGCUUGCAGGGUGCUUGA